UCCGUCUGGACUCUGCCAUCUCUUCCUUCGCUUCUCUGAGUCUUUCGUUUAAGUCUGCCUUUCUCUCUCUCCACUCGCUUCUCUCUGUGUUACUGAGCUAAGUCACCAGCGUGUCGUUGACCUGUUCUGUGGGCUCCAUACAGUUGGUCUGAGAUAGAGAUGGUUUUUGCGGUCGGUGAUAUGUUGUCAAACGGAGCAGGUUCUCCUCCGGAGGAGACAGGGGAGGGAGUCAGCACUGAGGCAGACCCAUCUGGAGCUAUGCAACAGGUGUUGGAUAACCUGGGCGAGUUGCCCACAUCCACAGGAGCCAAAGACAUUGAUCUCAUCUUCUUGAAAGGCAUUAUGGAGAGCCCUAUAGUCCAAUCACUCGCCAAGGCUCAUGAGCGACUAGAGGAUGUUAAACUGGAGGCAGUGCAGGAACACAACGUUGAACUGGUCACUGAGAUACUGGGAGACAUUCACAACUUAACAGUCAGAGACGACAGUGCUGCAGAACUCUCUAGAAUCCUACAGGAGCCUCACUUCCAGUCUCUUUUGGAGGCCCAUGAUAUGGUGGCAUCGAAGUGCUACGAGGGCCCGCCCCCCCCAGAGAGCACCAGUGACGCGCUGGUGAACAGUGCUUUCAUGCAGGCCGAUGCCGUCAGGAUGAUUGGGAUCCGCAAGAAAGCAGGAGAGCCACUAGGCGUGACGUUCCGAGUGGAAAAGGAUGAGUUGGUCAUUGCUCGUAUUCUGCACGGAGGAAUGAUUGACAGGCAGGGUCUGCUGCAUGUGGGUGACAUCAUUAAAGAGGUGAAUGGGAAGGAGGUGGGCAGUAACCCCACAGAGCUGCAGGAGACACUAAAGGACUGCAGUGGAGGAAUCACACUGAAAAUACUGCCCAGUUAUAAAGAUGCCCCUCCGCCACCACAGGUUUACCUGAAACCACAUUUUGACUAUAAUCCUGCUAAUGACAGCCUGGUCCCAUGUAAAGAGGCAGGGCUGGCCUUCUCUAGGGGCGACAUCCUUCAGAUCGUCAACAGGGAGGACCCAAACUGGUGGCAGGCAUGCCACAUGGUGGGCGGAGCCACAGGACUGAUACCCAGUCAAUUUCUAGAGGAGAAGAGGAAAGCAUUUGUCCCAAAGGACUUAGAUGGAGCAGGAAUCCUGUGUGGAACCAUGACUGGAAAGAAGAAGAAGAGAAUGAUGUAUUUAACAGCACGAAAUGCAGAGUUUGACCGUCAUGAACUCCAGAUCUAUGAGGAAGUGGCACUAAUGCCACCAUUCCAGCGAAAAACCCUGGUUCUGAUUGGAGCUCAGGGAGUGGGUCGUCGCAGCCUGAAAAAUAGGCUGGUGGUACUGCAGCCAUCCCGUUAUGGCACCACAGUCCCCUUUACAUCUCGGCGGCCACGGGAUGAUGAGCGGGAUGGGCAUACCUAUCGUUUUGUUACUCGGGCGGAGAUGGAGGUGGACAUUAAGGCGGGACGUUUCCUCGAGCAUGGUGAAUAUGACGGGAAUCUCUACGGCACCAAGAUUGACUCCAUCCACGAGGUGGUGGACACGGGACGCACAUGCAUACUGGACGUCAACCCUCAGGCCCUGAAAGUGUUGAAGACGUCAGAGUUCAUGCCAUAUGUGGUUUUUAUCGCCGCGCCGGAGUUCGACACGUUAAAGGCCAUGCACAAAGCUGUGGUUGACGCUGGCAUCACCACGAAACAGCUCACUGAUGUGGACCUAAAGAAGACGGUGGAUGAAAGUGCCCGUAUCCAGCGUGCUUACAGACAUUACUUUGACCUGACCAUCGUGAAUGAUAACUUGGACCGUGCGUUUGAGACACUGCAGGGCGCACUGGACAAACUCUCCUCAGAACCACAGUGGGUCCCAGUCAGCUGGGUCUACUGACUCCCUCUGCUGCUGUCCACCUCCCUGACAGCCCACAGACGGCAACAUAAAAACACAUAAACAUAUUUCUGGGCAAGAGAGAGAGAGAGAGCGAGCUGGGGGAGGGAAAUAACUGGUGGAUAAUCCAGCCGUGUUAGAGUGCUGUCCCUCACAAACGCUACGUGUUGAUUUGCUGUGGCAUUUUUCUACACAAUCUUAAAGGGAAAAAUACUUAUUUAUUUUAAUAUUUGUAACUUUUUACAGAAUAUCUUUCUAUUCACACCAAAAUGGAUUUCAAAGAAAAACAAAUGAACAGGCUAGGGCUGGGCGAUAAAAUGUUUCAUUUCAGUCAAUAUCAGUAAUUACUGAUCAUUUUACUGAUCACUAAUUUUAAUAACUACCAGGAGAAAAAGGUCGAAUUUAACCACUUUAUUUUGUAUGACGGAGUAUUAGGGCCACACUGAGGAAAAAAACUUAUGAGAUUUCGAGAAUGUAAUGACCAGAAAUCAAAUCCAAUAUUAGACACUGUUAGUUGUUACACGCUUCCUGAUAUAUACUGGCUGCGAGUCAUACCUGUGUUCAGCCGGUGGUCAGAGAGAGGUGAGCAGGCAGGCAGGCAAGCAAGUGGGCAGGCAGGCAGGCAGGCAAAGGGGUAGGUAGGCAAACAGACAGGUAUGCAGGCAGGUGAUAUACAGUUGUUAAAUCAAAUUUGCUGGAAGGGUUGAGUGUUAAGUGUACAAGCGGUGAAGCGGCAAGUGGAAAAACGAAAAAGCGGAAAAGUGGAAAAGCGGUAAAAAAACCGCAGUCCAGCAGUCUUUUACAAUGUACAAUAAUUUGAUCGUUUUGUGACAGUAUUAGUAGUUGUAAUCAGUCUAGGUUUCCUCAUUUUAAAUAAUUUCACGAUACGAUCGGGUGGGGUGGCGGGGGAUUUCGUGUACGUGGUUUAGUGACUACCCUG